AUGAAGUUCUCUACACAAUUUCUUCUUCCUUUCUUCCUCGCUCUUACGCCUUCAGCUUUGGCUGCUUCCCCGAGCGAUCUUCAAGCGCAAAUUGGCCACCAUGUCAUUUUCUCUUAUGCCGGCCUUGAGCCACCAGCCCAUCUCGUCGACCUGAUCAAGAAAGGCAAAGUCGGCGGUAUCAUCCUCUUCGGCGAAAAUGUCGAUGAAAACCUCGUAUCCACAAUCGACAGCUUGCAGGAGACCUACAAGCAGAGUCCGUACUAUUCAGGCACCCCAUUGUUCAUUAUGACAGACCAAGAAGGCGGAAAGGUCCGUCGAUUGGAGGGCGGACCAGUGGAGAGCGCUAAGCAGAUCGGUCAAGCCGCCGAUCUCGAAGCGGCAGCAACACAGAUGGGCAAAGAUGCUGCCAGCACCCUCGAGCAAUUCAAGAACAAUGUCAAUCUGGCACCUGUAUUAGACGUUUACCGCGAGGCCGGAGACUUCGCCGAUAGCGCUGAACGCUCCUUCAGCAACUCCUCUCGCGCCGUUGCAACAUGCGGGUCUGCAUUUAUCGCCGCGCAGCAGUCUGCCAAUAUUGUCGCAUCCGCCAAGCACUUCCCCGGUCUUGGUGCAGCACAUGCAGGCGAGAAUACCGAUUUGCAGCCCGUCACUAUUGACUUGACCCGUGAGGAACUGCGCAAGGUGGAUAUGGAGCCGUAUAGAAAUGCCAUUGCGGCAGGUGUGGACAUGGUCAUGACUUCGUGGGCUAUCUAUCCUGCUUUGGACCCGACCUAUCCCUGCGGAAUGAGCAAGACUAUUAUCCAAAAUGAGUUGCGGGAUAGACUUGGUUUCAAGGGUGUCACUAUCACCGAUGCCAUUGAGGCGGGAUCGCUCACGGCGUUUGGCGAUCAGGCUACUCGUGGAUUGUUGGCCGCCCAGGCUGGUGUUGAUCUCUUGCUUGCGGCUCAGAGGAAUGUCACGCAGGGCGAAGUCAUUUAUGAUGCUUUGCUUGCUGCAUUGCAGGAUGGGUCUUUGGAUGAGGCUGAAUUUUCUGCUGCGACUGAGAGAAUCUUGGAGGUUCGGAAGAAGCUUGUUCUUGUUUAG